AUGACUCAAACUGCCGGUGGACAGAUGGCUCAGCACAGCGUGCCUUUCCCCCUCGUUAUCCUCAUUGCCAUGAUUGCAACUUGCCUGUACCCAGCCAAUCUUCCUGGCCCUAUGCAGAAACUCCGUCUCAGUGAGAUCUACCGAUCUCGCCACUACGCUACCCAGCGUGCUGCCCGGUCUGUCAUCCGGCGUGCCCAGCAUCUCGCUGCGUCCGAGAUUGUGCAGAUUGCUGCGGACCUGAAGAAGCUUGUCAAGAAGUAUUACACGUCUGCCAGGUCUUACUCUCCCACUCAGGGAGACUUGCAGUACUUCCUUUGUGCCGUCUUCUACUUAUGGCACAGCAGCCGUCCUAUCCCUGCUAAGCCUGUUCUCCGGGAUCCCACCUUUGAUGAACGUACCAUCCAUGUCGGUUAUCUCAAACAUGACCUUGAGCCUGUCGCUGGUCUUCUUGACGAGGGUCGUGAUAAUCGUCUCGUAUUUGACGACGCCUAUCUCUUCAUCGACUUCAACGACGAAACCAUGAUUGUCAGCUUCAUCUUCGUGGACGGUAACGGCAUUGAAAUCGAUCCUGAGGAUGUCGACAUCUUCAGUGAGUACGCUUCCAGCGAAGAUCGUAACGUCACCCUCUUUCAUCACUAUGAAGAUAGUGAGCGAAUCCGAGUCAUGGAUCACAACUGGGAUGUCGCCAUCUGGUCUGCUCGUCGCAAGAUCAAGCGGUUCGCCGAGACCGGCGUCACUGCUAUUGAGGCUGCCAACUGGCCCAACCGUCUCGAGACUGAGUACAUGGUACCCUUUAUGACCGUGGAGCGCGUUCUUGAGAUCUACGAGUUAGACUUCGACUAG